GCGUCCCCAGUAGAAGCGGAAUUUGCAAGCGGAGGUUUGCAAGCACGACGAGGAAGUUGUGUGCUGGCUGGGACUGUGUAAGAGGGGCAUAACCUGACUCUCAGGCCAACCUGCAACAGCCCACCUCUCUCAGAAUGAACUCCAAACCCGUGGCUGCCUGGUGUGGUGCUGUUUCUGCUCAGUCCCGUUGUUCCACUUGGAGCUGAACUGUCCUAACUGGUGCCGUGGGAGUUAGCAGAGUGUCAGGGUCAUCCCGUUACUCCUGCAGGUUUGGCUGCAUCAACCCGGUCUCCCCAACAGAAAGGGUGGACGAAUGCUCCUCAGCUUGGCCCCGUGGAGCCCCUUGACUGAAGGCGGCGACAUUUUCACAGUUUUGAGGAUCUGGAAAAGAAGGAACGCGUGACCAUCAAACACAAGAACCAUCGAAUUCUUGGAGCUUCGAGAGGCCAGCAGAGAGAAUCUGUGCUGUGUUUGGGAAGAAGGGUGCGUUGCUAAGGAUCCUGUCAUUGGGGUCAGGCUGGUGCCUCUCCAGUGUCUUAAAGUGAAACUGGGUUUUCCUCCGAAUAUUUUGGUACCAAUAUGAAUGAAGUGUCAGUUGUCAAGGAAGGAUGGCUUCAGAAAAGAGGUGAAUACAUUAAAACCUGGAGGCCAAGGUACUUCCUGUUGAAAUCAGAUGGUUCUUUUAUUGGCUACAAGGAGAAGCCUGAGAGCGCAGAUCACUGUUUACCACCAUUAAACAACUUCUCUGUAGCAGAAUGCCAGCUAAUGAAGACCGAACGGCCAAGACCCAACACAUUCAUCAUCCGGUGCUUACAGUGGACGACAGUAAUCGAGAGGACCUUCCAUGUUGACACACCAGACGAGCGAGAGGAAUGGACAAGAGCCAUCCAGACUGUCGCAAACAGCUUGAAACAUCAGGAGCCUGGAGACGAUGCUAUGGACGUCAAGUCUGGCUCACCCAGUGACAGCUCGGGGAUGGAAGAGAUGGAAGUAUCGAUUUUGAAGUCCAGGAAUAAAGUGACAAUGAACGAUUUUGACUAUUUGAAGUUAUUGGGAAAGGGCACCUUCGGCAAAGUUAUCCUCGUGAAAGAGAAGGCCACGGGCAGGUACUACGCCAUGAAAAUUCUACGGAAAGAAGUAAUAAUUGCGAAAGAUGAAGUCGCUCACACUGUUACAGAGAGCAGGGUCUUACAGAACACGAGGCAUCCAUUUUUAACAACAUUGAAGUACGCGUUUCAGACCAGUGAUCGGUUAUGUUUUGUCAUGGAGUAUGCAAAUGGCGGAGAGCUCUUCUUCCACCUCUCCAGAGAACGUGUUUUUACUGAGGAUCGUGCACGUUUUUACGGGGCGGAGAUAGUGUCUGCCUUGGAUUACCUCCAUGAUAAGAAUGUCGUCUACAGAGAUCUGAAGCUGGAAAACCUCAUGUUGGAUAAAGAUGGGCAUAUCAAGAUCACGGACUUUGGUCUCUGUAAAGAGGGGAUAACGGAUGGAGCCACCAUGAAGACCUUCUGUGGAACCCCAGAGUAUCUGGCACCCGAGGUACUGGAGGACAAUGACUACGGUCGGGCCGUAGACUGGUGGGGGCUCGGCGUGGUGAUGUACGAGAUGAUGUGCGGGCGACUGCCCUUCUACAACCAGGACCACGAGAAACUCUUUGAGCUGAUCCUGAUGGAAGAAAUUCGGUUUCCCCGCACCUUGUCCCCUGAGGCCAAAUCGCUCCUCUCUGGACUCUUAAAGAAGGACCCCAAACAAAGGUUGGGAGGCGGUCCUGAAGAUGCGAAGGAAGUCAUGCAUCAUAAAUUCUUUGUCCCGGUUAACUGGCAGGAUGUUGUAGAGAAGCGGCUUGUGCCCCCAUUCAAACCCCAAGUGUCCUCGGAGACAGACACGCGGUAUUUUGAUGAUGAAUUCACAGCAGAGACGAUAACAGUCACCCCUCCAGAUAAAUUCGACAAUUUGGACCUGACGGAGAGUGACCAGAAAGCACACUUCCCCCAGUUCUCCUACUCAGCGAGCGUGCGAGAAUAAAUCCUCAGUUAUACCAAAAAGCAAAACCACCCAGGACAUUCUCUUCCAGAUCUGGAGAAGGCAAAACUACAUUAUCCCAAAACUCCACACCAUUUCCAUUAUCGGUCUUCAGCUCCCACCUUCGGAGUCCCAGGAACUGCAAGGCUCCACUGUAUGGAAAUUCACUACCAGUUCGUUUUCACUCUAGAAAUUGUUUUUUUUAAUAUAGAUGUACAUAGUAAACAGCAGCAAACUUGCAGUGAUUGUUCCACUGCUGCAGGAGCCACAGUAUGGGACGUUUGUGCAUAUUUUAAAGAGACAUCUGUACAGCGAGGGUGGUCCUCCCUCAACCAAUGCCAGCUAUGCACUCGCGCCACACCAUGUCACUGUUCAAACGUUCCCCUUGUUUCCUUUUGUAAAAAUGGCAUUUCACAAUAUUUCAGUGAUCAGCCCAUUGGACAUGAAUGUAGAGACGUUCACACAGAAAUCCAGCAGAAGGGCAGGUUUGCAUGCAGGUAUACACCUGGCAUAUGUGCACAUUUGCCAGGCGUGUGCAUGUGCACUGAGGUAUUUGCCAGGCGCAUGCAUGUGAUGCGCACAGAUAUCUUAUGGGUGGCAUCAUGCAGGUGGGUAAGCGCACAAACAAAGCAGUUAGAACAAAUUCAUUGACUCAUAAUUUGGCUGGCACUACGUUGUCACUGAGAGUUGAAGGAGCAUUGCUGAAGGUGGGAUGGGGUAGGGCUGGGGUGGGAUCUUUGUAGGGGGAGAAAUCCUGGGCAUUGCAGUUCAUUUCAGUAUCAGUGGAGGAUGGUAGAGAUGAUUUGGUUUAAUGAUCAAGACACCCCCUCCCCUUGGUAUUUCUGCCAUUUUGUUCUCUCACUGUUACAGCCCACAGCCAAUAGUAUUCACAGAUUUGAGGGGGGGGGGGGGGGGGUUGUAGGUAGGUAGGCUCUGGUGUUUGAUGUUACAUGCUUCCAGUUCAAUUGACGGGAAGCCUGACUGGAUGGCGCGCUCGAUCCAGCUGUUACUGAGAUGUUCAGGUCAUUGGGUGAACCCCAGAGUAGAGGUCAUUGGUUCAACCCCAGGUUCAGUGCGAGAAGUGAGGAGGGAGGAAUUGGUCAGAAGGAAGUGCUUCAAGGUGAACUCGGGAUUUUCCCAAACGGUUGUAAUUUUUUUUUGUUUUGUCAGUAUUCACAGAGUGUAGACUUGUUUGGUUGUGAGCAGUGUGUCUGAAUAUGUUCUCUUUAAAAUGUCAGUGUUAAUGUUCUGACAAUCAUGCAACCUCCUGUAGGUUCUUGUUAGUCUGUAAGCAGCAUCAUGCCUGUCCGACUGAUGCAUUAAGGGGGCUUAGUUCUGUUUAUGUGACCCAGUCAUGUAGAGCACCAGUGACACUACCUUCUCACCAGGCACUCCCCACCCCACCGUCAAGACCUGACGUUUGCCUGAGCUGGUGUGCCAAGGCAGGCCAGUGAAACCGCCUCGCCAACCUCUUCAUCAGUACAUGAUGUGCCAGGUCUCCUGUAUGUGGCCUGUCCUGGCUGCAAUGAUGCCCAUACACUGGGUUCCCAGGGACUUGCCCAUUGCAGCAUUCAGUGAGUGCACUGCCCUCACCUCAUGCAAAGCCACCUGUUAGACAUUGAGCAGCCUAACCACUGUUACAAAUUUCAGCUCUCCAUGUGGAUUAACUCAGCAUGGCUGCUUUAAUAGGAAAGUACAUAUGGGCACAGGCGCACGCAAGUAUACACACGCACGUACCAUCACUCUGCUAACCGCAACGUGCCUUUUAAUUUUUACUCAUGGGUUUGUUCAUUGCUCAGAAGCAAGUAACUUCACCUCUAACCUCAACAAAGCCUCACUUGCUGGGGGUAACACCCACUGGCACCCCACCCAAACGUAGGUAUGGGCCCCAGCCACUUGCUGCAAUGUGUAUGGCUAAACCCAGGCCCACCUGAUGUCCCAGGGACCACCCCUCCUGAGGUAUUGCAGAUGUGAUAACCGAGCUGCUAAUCCAAAGGAGUUGAUGAAAGACCCUGCGAUUGCUGACUUGGUUGGUGUUCUUGAACACACCUUUUUCUGCCCAGCUGAAUUUAACCUCUUUUUGCAAACAAAUCUGACUUGGUAGCAACAGUUUUAUCAAAAGUGUCAAUCAGUUGGUGAAACUGUUAGCUUGAUAAUGGGGUGUUAGGUAUGACGUUGCUUUAUCACGAUCACAUACAGAGACUUAUUGACCCAUUGAAGUUUGGUCUGGAAUGCCCAGCACCCUCUUCCAGCACAGGUUUUUAGUCAUGUCAUUUCAUAAAUUUGGCUUGGAUAUGAAAGAUAUGUUUAUAUGUAAACAAGCAAGUCAGUCCUUCAGAGAGAGUGCUGAGAGGGUGAACAUUUUGUUUACUGAUGUGUAAAGGAGCACUAUGACUGUACUCUUCAACACAGUCAUUGGCUUCUCUACACUUGUAACCGUGGUUAAACCGAUGAUCAGGGUCCACAUCUGUUUUCUAAUACAGAUGCUUUGUUAGUCAGAGGUGAAAGUCAGUUCUUUACAAGGACCUGAUGCGGACUUUGUGGUCAGAUCAAGUGGAGGGAGUGAUUUUGCCAAGUUUUGAGAUGAGGCAUGGGGAGCCAUUGGCUCUCGCAGACCCUUUGAGCAGUCUGUCACUAUCCUUGAGCCAAUCGGCCCAGUCCGAUAUCCAAUUCCAUUCCGAAUUCCCAGCUCCCAAAAUCACCUCUGGUUCCUGAUUGGCGAUGACGUUUUGAGGGUGGGCUUGUUAUUGGAAGGUUUGCUCUGCAGGUCAGUCCAGCGAGCACAUGCUUGUGUACCAGAGGCAGAGAAUUGGCUGUGAGCUGUACCCCUGGGAAUUUUGGCUGG